GCGGGAGCGGCGGCGGGGAACGGUGUCGGUAUGGCGGUGCCGCUGCGGCUGGGGGCUCUCCGCACCGCUAGCGCCGUGCUGCUGCUGCUGCUGCUCCCGCCGCCCGCCGCCCCGCGGAGGCCGCCGCGCUGCGGGCCGCCCUGUAGCUGCUGGCGGGAGUCGGCGCUGUGCGUGGGGGCAGCAGGGGCCCCGCGCAGCCUGCCCGCCGGCCUGGGCUCCUUGAGCCUGGUGAACGGGACGUUCUCCGAAGUGAAGGACAGGAUGUUCUCCCACCUACCCUCCCUGCAGCUGCUCUUGUUGAACUCCAACUCCUUCACUGUGAUACGAGAUGAUGCCUUUGCUGGUCUGUUUCAUCUAGAAUACCUAUUCAUCGAAGGAAAUAAAAUUGAGACCAUUUCAAGAAAUGCAUUCCGUGGCCUCCGGGACCUCACUCACCUUUCUUUGGCCAAUAACCAUCUCAAAGCUCUGCCAAGGGAUGUCUUCAGUGACUUAGAUUCUUUAAUUGAACUAGAUUUAAGGGGAAAUAAGUUUGAGUGUGACUGCAAAGCCAAGUGGUUGUUUUUGUGGUUAAAGAUGACAAAUUCCACUGUUUCUGAUGUCCUGUGUAUUGGUCCAGCAGAAUAUCAGGAUAAGAAGUUAAAUGAUGUGACAAGUUUUGAUUAUGAAUGCACCACUACAGAUUUUGUUGUUCACCAGAUCUUGCCCUAUCAGUCGGUUUCAGUGGAUACCUUCAACUCAAAGAAUGAUGUGUUCGUAGCCAUUGCACAGCCCAGCAUGGAGAACUGCAUGGUGCUGGAGUGGGAUCACAUUGAAAUGAAUUUCAGGAGUUAUGACAAUAUCACAGGUCAGUCCAUAGUGGGAUGUAAAGCCAUCCUUGUUGGUGAGCAAGUCUUUGUGGUGGUGGCACAGCUCUUUGGUGGCUCACACAUUUACAAGUAUGAUGAAAGCUGGACAAAGUUUGUCAAAUUCCAGGAUAUCGAAGUAUCUCGCAUCUCCAAGCCAAACGAUAUAGAGCUCUUUGAGAUAGACAGUGAGAUGUUCUUUGUCAUAGCAGAUAGCUCAAAAGCAGGCUUGUCAACAGUGUACAAGUGGAACAACAAAGGAUUUUACUCCUACCAGUCCCUUCAUGAGUGGUUCAGGGACACAGAUGCUGAGUUUCUCGAUAUAGAUGGGAAAUCUCAUCUCAUCCUCUCUAGCCGUUCCCAAGUUCCCAUCAUACUCCAGUGGAACAAAGCUUCCAAAAAGUUUGUCCCCCACAGCGAAAUCCCCAACAUGGAAGAUGUCCUGGCUGUGAAGAGUUUCAGGAUGCAAGAUAACCUGUACCUGACCCUCACGAGAUUCAUCGGAGACUCCAGAGUUAUGAAGUGGAACAGCAAACAAUUUGUGGAGAUCCAGGCUCUUCCAUCCCGAGGAGCCAUGACACUGCAGCCUUUCUCCUUCAAGAACAACUACUACCUAGCCCUGGGGAGUGACUACACAUUCUCCCAGAUUUACCAGUGGGAUGAUGAGAAGAAGAUCUUCAGACUAUUUAAAGAAAUCUAUGUCCAAGCCCCACGAUCAUUCACAGCUGUGUCGACCGACCGAAGAGAUUUUUUCUUCGCCUCUAGUUUUAAAGGAAACACUCAAAUAUUUGAACAUAUCAUCAUUGACUUGAGCCUAUGAGCAGCUGCCGGAGGGAAAUUCACCUAGAGUGACAUUUAUACAGGAGCAAAACAACAAAGAGACCUUUCCAAAGACAGGGUUGCACCUAUGGAGUAUGCUGACAUUUUCUGAACUUCUCCAACUUGCAUAUUAAUCAGGGAUUGCAUUUAUUUGGUUGCUGCAUGACAUGUCUCUUUUAUCCUUUGUUCAAGGACGCUGUGCAGGCUGCAGUCGUUCAGAGGAGAGUGCAGUUCAAUGGGAUUAAUGUUGACACCUGAGAGAAUGACCUCAAUUUUACCCAAAAAAAACCACCUUGAGUUGAGCAUCUCAUAAAGAAAGUGAAGAGUAAGCUAUACAAAGAGAAACACUCUCAAGUCGUUAAUGUGUUAGCAGUGACUUUAAGACUAAAGCCAGUUCUCCAUGGCAGCUGAUGAAUUGCAAAAGCAAACAGUGAUGUUCCAGAAGAGACAUUAUUUUGGUUUCUUGAGGUCUGUCUUCAGGAGCUUUGUGGUUUGUAGUCUGAGGCAUCGUUUUAACUCAUUGUAGAUUAAAGGGAAAGUAAAAAUCUAUUGACA